AUGGCCGACGACCGCCUGCUCGCCAAGGUCCACGACCUGACGGACCUGGAGCUCGCCCUCUUGCUCUGCCUCGUCAGCAGGGAACACGGCCUGCUGAGCACGCCCGCCGACGCCCUCGACCACCUCGUCCAGGAGCUGCGACUGGUAGCCAGCAGGACGUUUGGCCUCAAGUGCGUCGUCGUAGACUGCACCCCCGAAACCACCCUCGAGCAAUUCGCAUCCGCCCUGCUUUACCCCCAUCGGCCCCCCGGUAGCGCAUCCUUCCAACCCCUUGCCGCCGAAUCAUACUUUGUCUCCGGCCCGCGCCCUCGGUCCUGGCGCUCUGCCUCGCCCCUGACGACCGCGCCCUCUGCCCAAAUCGCAAACUGCGUCCUCGCCAAGAACCUCGACCGCGCCCCGCGCGCCGUCCAGAUCCAGGCCCUCGAGCUGCUCCGUACCCGCCGCAUCUUCACUCGCACCUCGGUCCAGGCUGCUCCCAAGCAGUUCGUCUUCGUGCCCGUCGUCGGCGCCGAGGCCGCCGGCGAGGCACACGUCACGGCCCACCUCAACGACUUCUUCUCCAUUGCGCACUGGCACGAUCCGGACGAUGGCUUCGUCAAUCUUGAAGACAUGAUGGACAACGGGGAGGCUGCCGAGAUUGCUUCGACUGACAGUGUCGUCCGGAGCAAGAACCUAGCCGAUAGCCACGUCCCCUCUGCCGCCCCCUUCAUCGCCGAGGCCGACAUAAGCCAGCUCGCGCAGUUGAGCCAGCAGGUCCAGGUCGACGUCGACGUGAUACGCUACCAAAUGAACAUCAUCUCCUUCCUGCGCAUGCACCGCGCCGUCGCGCAAGGCGUAACGCCGGCAGCCACCAAGCAUUUCGACAAGCUCAUGCGAAGUCUCGCUCCGAUGCACAAGCUCGACUACGUGACCCCUGCCCUUGUCGGACUGGCUGCGCGCAAAGUCUACCUGCACCGCAUCCGCAUCACCGCUCCUGAAAACGAGCGCAGCAUGCAAUGGGGUAGCCGGCUGGGAGCCGUCGAGGCCAUGCUGGAAAAUGUCGGCCCCGACCAAGUCAUCCAAGACGUGCUGGACAUGGUAACGGCGCCGCUAUAG